AUGGAUGUUGCCGAAGGUCACCUCAAACUGGAGAUAAUCCUUCCUGGCGUGAACGUCAUCAAGAAGACCUUGCGCAAUGAAGAUCCGGCUGCGCCGAACGGCACAUUUGCUGAUGGUCUUUGGCAUAGUGUCGACUUAAGCAUUUAUCCAGACACCGUGGAUAUGAAAGUUGACAAUAGACAGUACACCGUGCUGCAGAAGUUCACGCAACAGGUGAGUGUUGACGGAACAAGGUCUUUGAACUCCAGAAUCACCAGAUUACAGAUCGGGGUUUCAGACUCAAUGGCAUUUGCCAGGAUCAGGUAG